UCCCAUUCCCCUCUCCCAAAAAUUGGACUGAAGGUGGUCCACAAUUUAAAAGAAGGAAACAACUGAAAGCAUACAAAAAUAAAUAUUAAAACAGAAUUAAAUAAAAUUUCAUGCCAAGAGAGGGGAUUUCUCCCAAUCCAAAAACAAGCUUCAGAAAGGAAUAUUCCUUUGGAUUUCAGCAGAAGAGGAAAGGGACAAAUUCCUCCUAAACUGAUAUUAUUUUCCCUUUAAAAGGAGGUAUAAAGCAGUGCUUCUUAAACUGUAAGUCUCAACCCUUAAUGGGCUCAAUGUAGGGGUUCAAAAAAAAAUUGGCAACAGUUUCCUGAACGUCAUCUAGUGGUUGUUUAAGACAUUUAUACACAUCUGUUGUGCAGUGUUUACAGUGGACUCUACAGGAAAUGCUUCAGCUGUAUUUCAUUAAAAGGAUCAUCAAACUGUUUGGCAAGUUUUGCAAAUACUGAGUUAUCAGCAAAUGUUUGAUUUUAAUAUCUAUUUUAUAUACCUAUACACCCAUAGUCACAUAAAUAUUUUUUGGGCCAAAAAGGGUCCUGAAUGGAAAACUUUAAGAAUCCCAGGUCUAAAGAAAUCUUUGCAUUGUUGCUGGGCAGCAUGUUAACUGUGCUGCGGAAGAAGAGCACCAACUACUACUCAAUUUAGCAAAAUUCCAAAUAUUAUGGAAGGACUUUCACCAGUAUGCAACAUCGAGCAAAACAAACUGACUAUCCUGCUGUCAAGAAAUACAUGCCCAGAUUUUUUUUUCUGUGUGUGUGUGUGUGUGUGUGUGUUGGGGGGGGGGGGGUCAACACCUUUUGGGAUUUUAUAACCCACCUAUACUCAGGUUCCUCUGAAGAAAAUGUGAUUUAAAAAGACUUCUGCAGAGAAAUAGUCCAUAGAGAAAUUUACUGGGUGGUUAAAAAAACAGUUUGGGGAAAAAAUCUGCCAAUGGGUUUCUUCGAAACUACUGGGAGCGUUAAGCAAGGCUCUUUCAGCAGGCGUCACCAUGGCACAGAGACUUCCUGAUCUUUCUAGAAUUGCAAGCUGCCUCAAAUGUAGGAGUUUGUUACAGGAGGGGGAAGGAAAAGGGAUUGUGCAAGCAAAGCUAACACUUUAAAGCGCUUAAGUGACACGAUGGAAAGAGGCAUGAUGAGUGUGUGCAGUUAUCCUUGCUAGCACUUAAGGAUUAAAUGUACUUGUUACCCACCUCAAUGAAUUAUUUUAUUCCUCAUAAAGAAUAGUGUUGCAAGGAGAGGGGGAAAGGAAGAAGGAAGGUUGUUCUAAAAAGUAGGGGGAAAACAUCAUCCAUAAGGUUGUGACCAGAAACAAGGGAGCAUAAGAUAUGUCUCCCACUAUUUUCAAAUCCAGUGAUUUCUAAAAUUAAAAGAGCAGGUAUUGUUGAAGAGAGAAGUUAGCUUCCUUUGUUGUAUGCAAUCUGCAAGACACAACUAGCAUAUAGAAAAUACAAGAAGGUUCCUCUUAAUAAAUGGAAUACAAGCAGGAUGCAAUUUUAAUUGGCCCACUUUACAGCAUUUCAGUUUUACAUUUCCUCAGAAAUAUAUUUCAUCUAAAAUGCAUACAGGAGGAAAACAAUUACACUCUUGCUUUGCUUGAAGGAAAUGGUUUCCUUUGCCUGCUUAGAAGCGGGAGCAUGAGGACAAAGAAGAAACUGCAACUCCUACUGCUAGCCGGAUGGGCUUCCUUUGUCCCUUAGAAGGAACAUGAAGAGAGACAAAGCUGGAAUUUUGCAUCAGAGGAAGGGGUUUCCUUUGUGUACUUAGAGGGUAUGUGCGAAAGCGAUGAAAAAACUGGAAUUUUGAGAAUGUUGGUGUUGCUUGGGUGGGGAUGUGCAGCUGGACUACAAAUGAUCUGGUGGGGAAGGGUUGCAUAGCUUGGAAAAGAUAAACUCUGGUGAUUAACUCUUUAAAAUUGACAGUAGGCUAAGUAAAAUUGCUAACUUUGUAGCUACUUCAGUUCCAUAAGAACACCAUUCCCCAUCAGUUUCCAAGUAUCCUCUAUGAAACUGACCUUGCUUUCUCCUCCCGGUUUACAUCAGUCUCAAUGUAAAUCACAAUAUAAAUUGAGGCUUAUUUGUUUUGUUGCGUUUUUUUGUCUUAAGAUCAAUAGAAAGAGUAUACUUAUUAGAAUAGCUGAGAAUGGCAAAACCCCAUUCAUCCAGCUGCAAGGGGGAAUGGGAAAGGCACUGUCAACCUUUCUAGAUCUGAAAGAGGUAGGAGAGAUGUAGAUGUUCUCAUUAUUCCUCACUAUUCCUGCCUGUAUGAAGCAGAACAACAAGAGAACAGAAAUAGCUACAUCCUCUCACUCAUACAUUUCAAUAAUGCCAUCGGCAUAUUUCCUAAGAAGCACCUGUUUGGGAAAGCUGCUGUUCAGUUUACUGGGUUGCAGCUGUCAAAAUGAGGUGAUAGGUAUAUGCAUUUAGUCCUCAAUUAAUAGUUAGUCUUAUGUUGUCUUCCACAUCAGCUCUCAGUAUUCCCUCAUGGGUCUCUUGGGAAAGAAGAGGUGGGAGAUGAGGAGGAGGAGGAGAUGAAGAUGAUAUCAAUGCAAACUCAGGGCCUCAUCCUUUGGGAUUCACAAAAUUGGCAGUAGCAGUAAUCCUGCCUUGUAUGUACGUGAAGAGAGCCGUUAGCUCGUUGUCAUGUUAUAUAACCAUCUUCGCCAUACCACACAACUUGGGUUCAAUGUUCUUCUUUGUCAGCCAUUAAUCUUUGCCAUCUUGGGCUUUUAUAAUUGGAUUUCCCAGGUCACAUGGUGAGAUAAAAAGUCCUCAAUCCAGUGUAACAAAAUUGGGUUAUCCAUGAAGACUUAAGAGAGGAGGUGGGGGGAGGUGGGAGAAAGAACACAGAGCAAGGAGAAAGGCUUUGAUGCUACCUUCUUAGCAGUCUUGGACCAGCAGCCUUUCAGGAGACAGCUCCGGAGCAAGACAGCUCCGUAGAGCAUCUUUUUUUUUUAUUCAAAUGCUGUAGGAUUUGGCAAAAACACUUUUAUUUUGCUUUCUCUCAUUCUCACCACCCAACAAGGGUGAGUUAACCCAUCUGAAGAGCUGGAACGGCCAGAAGAUAUAGAGAACCUAGAGGUCUCAGAGGAGGAGGACGAAGAAGGUGACAUGGGGAGUGGAGCAAGCGCUGAGGACAAGGAACUUGCCAGGAGGUCCAAGGAACUGGAAAAGAAGCUACAGGAAGAUGCAGACAAAGAGGCAAAGACAGUCAAGCUGCUUCUGCUAGGUGCUGGUGAAUCGGGCAAGAGCACAAUUGUCAAACAGAUGAAGAUUAUCCAUCAAGAUGGCUACACGGAAGAGGAAUGUUUGGAGUUCAAAUCAGUCAUUUAUGGAAACAUCCUACAAUCGAUUUUGGCCAUCAUCCGAGCCAUGACCACUUUGGGAAUAGAUUAUGCCGAUUCCAGUCGAGCGGCUGAUGGGCAACAGCUGUUCAAUUUGGCCGACUCCAUUGAAGAGGGAACCAUGCCUCCAGAACUAGUGGACUGUAUAAAGAAACUCUGGAAAGAUACGGGUGUUCAGGCCUGCUUUGAGCGAGCAGCUGAGUACCAGCUCAAUGACUCUGCUGCAUACUACCUGAAUCAACUGGACAGGAUCACAGCUCCUGGCUACCUCCCCAAUGAACAGGACGUAUUGAGAUCACGAGUCAAAACCACAGGUAUCAUAGAGACAAAGUUCGGUGUCAAAGAUCUCAACUUCAGGAUGUUUGAUGUGGGCGGACAGAGGUCAGAGCGCAAAAAGUGGAUUCACUGCUUUGAAGGGGUGACCUGCAUCAUCUUCUGUGGAGCACUCAGUGCUUACGACAUGGUGUUGGUAGAAGAUGAUGAAGUGAACCGCAUGCACGAGUCUUUGCAUCUGUUCAACAGUAUAUGCAAUCAUAAGUUCUUUGCUGCUACCUCUAUCAUUCUGUUUCUGAACAAGAAGGACCUCUUUGAGGAAAAGAUCAAGAAAGUACAUCUCAGUAUUUGUUUCCCAGAUUAUGAUGGUCCCAAUACAUUUGAAGAUGCAGGCAAUUACAUUAAGCUUCAGUUUCUGGAUCUGAACAUGAGAAAAGAUGUAAAAGAAAUCUACAGUCAUAUGACUUGUGCCACAGACACACAGAAUGUCAAAUUUGUAUUUGACGCCGUCACAGAUGUCAUCAUCAAGGAGAACCUCAAAGAUUGUGGUCUCUUCUAAGUCUUCAUUUUUAAAGGUAAUCUAAAGGAAAAAGGACUUCCAGAUAGCUUCACUUUUCUGCUGAGCAGAGCCAACGGAGUAAAUAGAAGUCACUCGACUGUCCACACUUUUCUAUUUCCUAUCCAUGAUGCAAACUAUGUAUCUGUAGUAACAUGAUUUUCCUCCUUUCUUAUAUACUCCACAAUUCUUUCAUUUUGUUCAACAAUAUGAACAACAGCCCAAACCAUCUUGUCUGGAAACAAGGAAUCAUGUGACAAACACUGGAUUUUAAUGACUCUAUACAACUAUGAUCAUAAAAAGUAUCACACUUCUGUGGGAAAAAACACAGUGCUUUUGUGGAUUCUGUGGCAGAAUGGUACACUUCCUUUAUCUACAAAUGGUCUGAUCUGUGAUCAUGUUGAUUGUGAAAAUCAUGAUCUGUUAAAACCCAAGUCCAGUAAUUCCUAUAUUUUAUAUGUGGUCAAUUAAACACAGAAAGUUGGUUGACAUUUUAAAAAUCUGAUUACAUUUGAUCCGGUAUGUCCUCACAGCCUUAACUAGGUAAUUUAUCUUCUUUCCAGUAUUCAACUCCAUCAGUACUGAAGGGGUAAUGAAUCCAAACCAACUCUUUCUCUCCACACUAACGAAACCCACAGAAUAUAUCCCAACCCAGCUGCUUUACUUUUUGCUGUGGAGACAACUGCUCUAGCUGUUUCAUUGUCCCUGUUAUUUAAAGGUCACAACAGUGUACAAAACAAAGCUAUGCACACCAUAGGGUUAGAGAAUUUUUCCUCACAUAUAGAAAAUAGAAAGGAUUCAAAGUGGAAAUUGUUGUCAGGAUUCUCAUUUUGGUAUUUAGAACUGUAUUGUUCUUGACCAUUUGUAAAUAAGUCUCAUGUUACUAGACAAGAUUCUCUUUGUAUUAAUAUUUAUUGGGAAAAAAGGCUUAUAUAGCUUCAACUAAAUGUAGAAAAUCCAAAAAUAAAGAAAUGUGUAUUAAAAUGUU